AUGGUUCUGGAGAUUGUUGGCGUCGCGCUGGCGUCAGCGUCUGCCGGCGAACAGUUUGUGACCCUUGGUCGACGCAUCUACAAGAGAAUCAAACAUGAAAAGAAGCUGAAAGCCAUAGCCCGGCAGCUGCAGGUUUUCGAGGUAGAGGACCGGAGAGGCGCGCUCCUUGCCUGGAUUGAGCUGGCAAAGGAUGUGCUAAAAAGCUCUGUGGUGAAGGAAGAACACAAGCGCCGUCUCGAAAGCCAGUGGAACCGCCUUAACGAGCGUCUGAUUGAAGUCGAUCGGCUCUAUGACGAAAUUAUCUUGAACUCCUCCAUUCUGAACACGGUUGCCAGACAUGAGGCAAGGGAUCAGUUGGCCGCUCUGGGGGGAGACAACAUGCUUUCCGGCAUGCUUGAACGAUUCCGGGAUACUGUUAUAGCGGUUCGCGAGGUCAAAAGAAGCUAUUCACCGUUAUUCCUCGCUGGCAACGACUUUACGGUGAUUGAACCCGAGACAAGGUGUCCGAUGCCAGAACCAGGCACAUUCUUGAGCAAAGGAAGGCUCACGAAUCCCCAGGCCGGACUCCCAUCUGGCGUUCAGUGGUUCUUAUACGAAUCAAAGCCGUAUGUCGCCUCAAACAAGGAAGACGUUCGAGAGAAUAUCCGCAUUCUGGCGGAAAAGGUGCACGACGCUCAGCCGAAAGCUGGAAUUCUCAAGCUCGCUGGCUUCCGAGAUGAUUGCCAGCCUGGCGUUUCAAGCUUUCAACUACUGUUUACGGGAGCAUUCGGGGGCACCGCUCCUCCAACACUCUUGACUUACAUGUCAGAUCAUCCAGCAAUGCCUUCGCUUAACUUUCGUGUGAGUCUAUGCUAUCAGCUCGCAAGAGCAGUCAUCCAGACCCAUGUGUUGCGCUUGGUGCAUAAGAACAUCAGGCCAGAGAAUAUCAUUUUCCUUCAGCCAGCUGGGGCCCUUGGAGAUUUGCUAGACAAUCAAGAGACCCCGGAUCUGUUUCUGUCUGGAUGGCAAUAUGCAAGACACAUCGAUUAUAGUGUCACAAACCUAAGGAAUGAAGUUACCUUACAGAAAAAGAUCUAUCAGCACCCGGAGCGGCAACUCCCCACGUCAGAGAAGGAGUACUCGAUGGGCCAUGAUGUAUACAGCCUCGGAGUCUGCAUGUUAGAGAUUCUCACCUGGGAGAGUCUUCUGAAAACGAGGGACCCGCCUGCGGUCUCUGAUGCCUUCAUUGAUGCUUUCAAUCUACUUGAACUCGAUGAAGGUGACAUAUGCCCAACAGAGCCCUACACUCGGUAUCCUGAUCAGAUAAAAGCUGCCUUGGUGAAACUAACCGAUAUAAGAAUCCCGGCUGUGGCUGGGGUAAAGAUGGCUCAGCUUAUUCGAGGAUUUUUGGAGUGUCUAGAUGAACACGAUGAUGACAGUAGUGCUGAGCCAGUUGUUCUCAAUAAUAAAGACUCAAAGGAGGCUGCACUACACUUUGUGGACACAGCAGCAUCUACAAUAAAUAGUAUUAGUUCCUGUCUUUAA